AUGGCCGAAUCCGUGAUAUCCGUCGAGUACAAGGGCCGCAUCGCCACCAUCACGAUCAGCAACGAGAAGAAGCUCAACGCCCUCACCCAGCAGCACUACUACGAGAUAUCAAGGGCCCUGCGCGAGAUCGCAACCCACGAUGAGGUGUACAUCACCGUCCUGCUCGCUAAGGGCCGCUACUUCUCUGCCGGCGCCGACGUCUCGAUAUCCCGAGCGGUGCCCGACACCGAGUCCGACCCGCGCCAGUUCUGGAUGCGCACCUUCCUGGCCUCCAACGUGAACAUCACGCACUCCUUCUACACGCACCCAAAAAUCCUCGUCGUGGGGCUCAACGGGCCCGUCGUGGGCCUCACGGCCGCCAUAGUCGCCCACGCCGACUUCAUCUACUGCGCCCCGCACACCUUCCUGCUGACCCCCUUCAGCUCCCUCGGCCUCGUCGCCGAGGGCGGCUCCUCGCGCGCCCUCGCGCAGCGCCUCGGCCCCGCCCGCGCCAACGAGGCCCUCAUCAUGAGCAAGCGCAUCACCGCCGAGGAGCUCGAGCGCGCCGGGUUCGUCAACGCCAUCUUCCAGACCGCGCCCGGCGAGGAUGCUAAGUUCCGAGAGCUCGUCCUGAAGGAGGUCGAGGAGCGCCUCGGGCCCCACCUCAACGGGGACAGCCUGCUCGGCAUCAAGAGGCUGCUCCGCAGGCCCGACAGGGACGUCCAUGACGUCCAGAACGUGACGGAGGCGCUCGACGGCCUCGAGAGGUUCGUCGCCGGGAUACCACAGGAAGAGUUUAGGAAGAUCGCCUCCGGCGAGAAGAGACACAAGCUGUAG